CUAUUUAUUCCGUUUAAGAUGGCGUCCACAUUGGGAAUCCCUUUGAGUAAGGUAAACAUUCAUCUAACCAUUGCAUGAGAUUAAAAUAAUUAUAAGAAUUUUGUUAUAUAUAAUUAUUUUACUGGUACUAGGUGUCGAAAUCAAUUUUUCUACAAAUGUUAUUUAAUGAUCCUGCAUACUGUACAAUGAUCCUAAGACUAAGAGCAAGGGUGUAUGAGUAUGUAAUAAAAUGUAAUAGUAAUAGUAAUGUAAGUUACACUGUACUGUAACUACCGUCCGUACCGUAAUGAAAUGCCGGGCGUAGUUGUCGUAGUCGUUUGUAACAUUUCUGUACAAACAAAUAGGCCCAUAAUGAUAAUUUAAAGCAGCCUAUAAAAAUAAAGUGUUCAAGAUUAGUAGGGCCCAUAACCAUAGUUUCCUUUAGUCUUUAGUCAAUAAUUAUUCAUGAUUUGACCAGCAAGUUUCAAAUAUAAAUGAAAAUGAAUUAGGGCUCAUUCAUUAGGCAGGGCUAAGCCUAAUGCACUUAAAUGACUUAAUGCAAAGAAUUGGUGCCAUUAUUUAUUUAGGGAUACAUUUGCCUCAUUUGGACCGUGUGAUACGUCAUGGCACCAAUUGUCUACUACUAUAUUUAAAUUAUUUAUAUUUAUAAUUUAUAGCUAGCUAGGAUAUAAAAAUGACAUUGAAUUGAAUUUGAAGCAUUGUCAUAAUCAUAUUAAAUGCAGACAAUUGGUGCCAUGUUUUUUUCCCCACAGCUGCCAUCUUUUUUGCCACAACUAUGACCUUUCAUGGAUGGGUGGAGGCAAAAAAGGUGGCAGCAGUGGGGGAAAAAAGUAGUGCAAACACACAUGUGAUAAAAAAGGGGAGAGGAUGGGAGAAAAAGUGUUAUUUCAACUAAGUACCGAAACACAGGAAAAUAAGCAAUUUGAGUAGAAGAAUUUUUUUAUUUAAAAAAACAAUGAAAUUAAUAGUAUUUUUUUUAAAGUUAUUUUAAAAACAAUGUAAAAUAAAAGGAAAAUUUGAAAAAUAUUUGGAAGAAGCAAAACAAUUCAACAAAUUAAUAAUUUUAAAGAAAUUAGCAAAAAACCUUCAUAUUUAAUGAAGUAAAAUCAGGCGAUACAUAAUUUUAGUGGUCGGCCGCCAUCCCUAAACCUAAUCUGAAACCUAAAUCUAUAACUAAACCUAACCUGAACCCUAAAUUUAUAACUAAACUUAACCUGAACCCUAAACCGAACCCUAAAGCCUAAACCUCAAGUAAAAAACAUGUGCCGCUACAGUUACUCACAGAAAGAAAAAUGUAGAAAUGAAGAAAAGCACAAAAUAAUUGUAAAAUAAUGAAAACCCAAUUUACAGUUUCAUAGAAUACACUUUUACAAUCUUUAUUUCAGGUUCCAACAAAAUUAAAAUCCAAAAGUUAUAAGAAAAUCAAUAAAAUACAAUAUCAAAUCAUUUUCCGAAAUUGUAUGGCUAGCAGCACUGAGCAAAGUGAUUUAACAUUAUUUUCAAUCACUCCUUUACCUAUAUCCGCAAAAUUUGAAGAAUGACACCUGAAAGCAAAAUGGCAAGUAAAUAUAAUAUCAUAAAAUUUAACUUUAAUCAAAAAGUCCCUUAAAACUCAUCUGUUUAGGUCCGCCUAUGACCUGUGAAGCACCCUCCUUGCCCUACCUAAUUUUCUGUUUCGGUUUAAUCCUGAAGUGUCAAAGUGUCCUCUUUUUAUAGCCAUUUUCAUUGUUUCAUAUCUUAUCAUCAAUGAUAGGAUCACAGAGUAAACAUAAAUGAAUCUUUACAUGUUUUAAUAAUUGUAAAGCGCUUAGAGCUUUAUGAUAAGCGCUAUAUAAAAAUGCCUAAAUAAAUAAAUAAAUAAAUAUCCUUUAAUUAUUCACAUUUACUUUUGUGACAGCACUUCAGUGUUGAAAUAUUCCUUCGCCGCCACUCUUCCAAUGAUCCAUUAUGUAUUUUUCAACAAAUAAAUUAAAAUUUUAUGUUUAUUUUAACAAAUUACAUUUAAAAAUGACAUUUAAAAAAAAAAUUACUCAGAAAAUGAGCAAAACACCAAUAAUGUAUUAAGCAUUCCAUCGGCAUAUUAAUUCUAAUACAUAAAAAAAUAAUUCUCCAAAAAUAAACGAAAGGGAGUGAAUUCUACACGGAAACUUAAAUAGACAUACAAAUGACGUCAUGACACCAACUCUCUGCAUUGACCUAACUGGGUAUCCAAUGGAAGUUCCAUUUGCUGUCUAACCCUUAACUCAGAUAACUGUCGAGUACAUUUUUCUAUGGUGUUAAGCUGGAACGUCAUUUAAGUUUUUUUCAUAGAAGUCCCAAAACCAAAACUUGGCCGGCUUAUUGAAUUGCUCAUUGUCAUUACUGUAGGUGCCACAGUACGUAGCAAUAUGAAUAAAACCUGCCGAUUUGGGGAAUGGGGGGGGGGCACAAAUGCUCCCCCUCUGCCCUAACCAAAUGACGUCCCUUACAUCAUGUGAUUUUUUGUUAUAAACCUUCAAAUUUCUGUCAAACAAAAUACAAUGGGGAAAGCAUGUUGUCAAAAACAUUUUUUUUUUCAAUUGAAGUUAUUAAAUCCAUUUUUUAUUAAUUAAUACUCCAAAACAUACUCAAACAAAAAUGUUUUUGAAUCUCUUUAGGGUAGGUCUUUGGAAUUCAACAUUUGUGUUUUCAUUUCGAUUUCCACCCUUUCCCAAACAAAUUUUUCGGUAACAAUACGACUAAGCUUAUAACUAAAAUUGUCAAUAUGUGACUCUUAUGUGGCCAUCACCACUAGAGCUAAUACUGUAAAAACUAGCACAUGGAUAUCUCUGUAAUCCUUGCUUCAAUUUAAUCCAUUUGAAAUAAUUCCAAUAAUUAAAUUCUUUGUUGAUUUGCAAUCUACAAGGGAAAACUCUCCAGCAUCAGAUUUAAUGGCAAUAAAAUAUUGAACAAAUUUCACUCUUGAUUAACCACAAAACAAGUCCUGAUAAAAGAUAAAAAACAGAAAUAGGAAGCAAACUCAUUUAUAUAGAGUGAUUUCCCCUUAAACAAUAUGUAUUAAAUCAUUUAUAUUUUUUAUGACAAUUUUAUUAGCUACCGUUGAUAUCAAUCGUUAAGACAUUUAAAAUUUUAAAAAUUAACAUGCACCUGUGUAAUUCUGUAUAGAAAUUCACUCCAUCCACUACUGUCUUUUCAGUAACCUUUUUAUUUACAAACUGAGUUCACUAAAAGAUUCUUAUCCGCUUAUCCCAUGAAUAUCAAAUUACUGCACCUUAGAAAUUUUACUGAGAUCAUUUUUCCCAUUCAGCUAUUUUUCGCUCCAUCCCUCUUCACUCCUAAUUCUCAGACUCCUGAUGUAUACAUUUUUGACGUAAUUUGUCAUGACUGUCAAAAUCAGUGCCCCAAGGCUCAAGUCCUGUAACUUGAUUUGGUAGUCAGAGUGGGCACUAACCUCUCAGAGUGGACUUUGACCUUGUAUACAUCCUAUACCAGUUCCCCACAGCACUGACUGGCUCAGUGAAAAAGUUGGAAGAUCAAAAAGAGUGAUAGUUGCCUUCGUAAACAGAAAAGCUAAUAUCAUAUUUAUUUAAUCAUUGAAAUUUUUUUUCCUUUAUACAAUUUCCACUAUUAAAUACCCUAGUAAGCAUGUACAAUUAUUUUGUUAUAACUUUUUUUUUAAAGUGCUACAUAUUUGAAAAAGAACUUUAUGCAUUUAAAUCAUCUUGCAGAUUAAUUAUAGAGUAUGAACUAAGAUUGUCAUUAGUUUCCUUCUAAAUUUUGUAUUUGAUUUUUGUAUGAAAGUUUAAAGUAACUUCCUUGUCUAAAACCUGAAUUUCUGUGAUUCAAAUUUUGCACAGCACGAAGAGUCUGAACAUUAAUAAAUUUGUAAGAGCAACUUCUCUUACUAAGUAUUUACAUGUAAGCAAAAUUUCAUAUAUUUCAGGUUAGCCCAGCUUUCUUACAUGCAAACUCAACAAGCCACACGUGGGCUUUCAGUGCAUUUGCUGAAUUAAUCGGUUUGUAUUUAAUCUCUAGAAGUUAUUAGAAAUACAAUAGCUUAUACAUUAGUAGAAAUCCAUACUUUCAAUAAUAGGAUGUUUCAAAUCCUUUUAUGUAAAAAUUCAGUCUUGUUACAGUUCUUAAUUAAGUCUCUGCUACUAUUUCUUAGUAUACAAUGAUGAAUAAGAUAUUAAGCUAGGGGCUAUAAUUGUAGCUUUAGCCAUUUAUUAAGAGUCAUGUUAAUUAUUUGCAGUGUACUUUAUAGUGUGUAGCUUGUUGAUUUGGUUUUUCAAACAUAAUAAUAAUACAGUGGAACCUCUCAUAAUGAGUUUAAUUCGUUCCAGACUCUUACUCGUUAAGCGAAACACUCGUUAAACGAAACAAUUUUCCCAUACAAAUCAAUGUAAAAUACGAUAAUGCAUUCCAUGCUGAAAAAAUACUAAUUUUUCAAACAUUUUUAUUAACAUUUAUUCAAAUAAAAUUACUUAUGAACUGUUAAUGAAUUGUUAACAACUUGGAAUACAAUUUAGAUUUGAAACAAAAAACGUAAAUAAAAAUAUGAAUUUAUGACAAAUAAUUAAUCCUUUUUAACUAGCAAACUGUCCAAAGAAAUUUUUUUUUGCAGACGCUUCAAAAUGUGACGAAAAUGUGUCACAGCAUUAUCAUUGAAUAAAUUUGUAGCACGAAUAGCCACCUCCUUAUUAGGGCGAUGCUUCUCAAUGUACGAUGCAACCGUUUCCCAUGCUUUCAGCAUUUCUCUUAUUGCGCUAGAAGAUUGUUACUCUGCUACUUCCUCCACCAGUAAUGAGCUCUCCUCCAUAAUUUCUUGCUGUGAAACACGAUGCAACUUCAUAAGCCCUCCGGUGGUUAACUCUUGAUUGUGCUCUUUCACAAGCUCUUCAAUAUUGUUGUUGUUCACCUCGAGUCCCAUGAUAUUGGCCAAUGACACAAUCUGGUUAACUGUAGACCCCACAGGUACUGUUUCACAAUCACAUUCAACAACACUCUCUGGCCAAAGUUUUUUCCAAGCAGAAAUGAGGGAAAAAUGGACUUCCCCUUUCUGCGUAACUCGUUAUGCGAAAUGUCGCUCACUAAGGGAGCAACUUCUUCACAUUUUUUUUUCUCAUUAUGCGAAUUACUCGUUAUGAGAGGUGCUUGUUAUGAGAGGUUCCACUGUAGUUUUGUUUGUUUAUUGCAAAUGCUAAAUAUUGUAUGUUCAACAAAAAUUCACAGAUAAUGCUUACGAUCCUGAUGUAAGUGCAUCAGAACUUUUAAUUGAUCAAGUCGAUAUAAGAGACACACCCUGUCUGAUAUUUCUGGACAAUGGAGCUGGAAUGGAUAGGGACCAUCUGCUUAAAAUGCUUAGGUACUCAAGUCAUACUUAAAUACUUGUAUUAAAAUAAUUAUAUAUAAUUGAAAUUAAUUAAAUUAUAAUUAUAUUAAAUAUAAGAUUUAAUAAUUAUUUAUUACUCUAUGAUUUAAAACUUAUUUCUGCGAUGUUCACUUGUAAACACUACUUCAAAAUGUUCAUUCUAUUUCAGUUUUGGUUUUUGUGAGAAAGAUAUUUAUGAAAGACAAGGAUCUCAUCAACCUAUUGGUCAUUAUGGAAAUGGAUUUAAAUCUGGAUCUAUGCGAUUAGGUCAGGAUGCUCUUGUUUUUACUAGGUGCCAGCGGAGUGCCAGUAUUGGGUUCCUUUCACAAACUUACCUUAAAGCUAUACAGACUGAUUGUGUAGUUGUGCCUAUACUGGAAUACAGACUUCCGAAAUAUAUCCUUUUUAAAAAAAAAUUUUUUUAGGAGUUUAGUUUUAACACUCAAAAGAUACCUUUGAGUUUUAUUUAAUUUGUCAUUCUCUAAUCAUAUAAAUUUAUUAAAUAUAUUACAAUAUUUUUUGCUUAAAACCUUUAUUGGAGCAUAAAUUUUUUUAUUUGAGAUGAGAAUAUGUCUAAAAGGUAAAAUAUCAUUUUAAAUGCUACAGUAUUAUUUGUUACCUCCUUAAUGAAUGCCUCACUGGAGAGAAUCAAAAGCCAAGAGUCACGGAACAAUCUUAAUGCAAUCCUUCAGUACUCAGUUUUUAAAGAUGAGGAAGAGCUAAAAGCUGAACUUCGUGCUUUAGAAGGGUCAAAAACCGGAACGAAGAUUAUUAUUUAUAAUUUAAAGAGGUAUGCUAUUUUCUGAAUUACAUUGGAGAUAUUAAUACAAUUUGAAAACCCAAUCCAAUUUAUUAAAAUUGCCUUUUAUAAUUUUAACAACCAAAAUUGUUUCACUGCUUGUUAAAUUUUAAGUUUUGUGAAUUUUUAUUUAUUUACAGAUUGCAAGAUGGGACCUAUGAACUAGAUUUUUACAGUGAUCCGACCGAUAUACGAUGUCCAGAAGCUCAUGAAGUAGACAUGACUUCAGUCUACCAUAGACCGAUUCAACAAAACUCCUCUGAAUAUAAACGCUCUUUAAGAGUCAGUUUUAUAUACUUUUCCAUAAUGGAUAAAAUUCAUACUCAAAAAAAUUUAAUUUACUUUUAACACUUUCAUUGAAACAAUAGAUGUAAACCAAGGGUUAGAGAAGAAAUAGUUACCAUAUCUCACAAUAAUAGAAUGGCAUUUCUCAGUUUGUCCACAAAAAAAAACCUCAGAAAAACUGUUAAACUUACAGUCAAGGGGCAUCUAUUGAGGAGACUGAGUUAAUUAUAAAAUAAUUUAAGACAUUUUGUUUUUAUAAGAAAAUAUUUUUGGCUAGUAGUUUUUCCAUUAAAAAUAUAUUUAUUUCACACACUUACUCCUUUCCGCUUAAAUGGAGUAGUUUUCCCAUUCAUUAAAAAUAUAUAAAUUUUUUAAUACCGGUACAAGUAACCAACAUCACAUUUUAAAAAGGAUUUCUAUACUUUUUUUUUCUUUCAGGAGUAUUGUAGCAUUUUAUUUCUGAGGCCUAGGAUGAAAAUAACUAUUCGAGGAAUCCGGGUGAAAUCAAAAUUGAUUUCUAAAUCGUUGUCCAACACUGAAAUUGAUAUGUACAAACCAACGUGGCUAGUAAGUUCUUAUUUAAAUAUGCUAUUUCAUUCAAAAUUUUACAGAAAACUCUGUUUCUGAUUACAUUUAACGCUGUUUCUGGUCUAGUAAGUUAUCUUUUACCAGUGUUUCAACAUAAAUCAAGUGUUACUAUUUAUACAUCUUUACAGUCACGGCCGGUUAAAAUCAUCUUUGGGUUCACUUGUGAAAAAGACAAAUCUGAAGACUAUGGCAUGAUGCUUUACCACAGGAAUAGAUUAAUCAAAGCAUAUGAAAAAGUUGGAUAUCAGAAACAAGUAGGUUCACAAUUGAGAAAUGGAAUCAUUUUUUAUAAUAUUGCUGAGGUGAAGCUCUGGAAUUAAUAAAAAUAACCAGAUGUUUUUAUCCACAAUAGAAAAAAUUACUAUAUUCUGCAAUGUUUAUAAGUACUAUUUUUUUUGAAAUAUGAAGUUUAGGGGUGGGGGAUAUUAUGCAGUGUUCAAGCAGUUUAUAUUAUAAAAGAUUAGAGGAAUACUACAUACCAUCUUAAUUUAUGGUCAAGUGCCCCCAAGUUUUACAUAGUUAUGAAAUAUUGCUUCACAACCUUUCCCUGCCGUAGAAACACAUCAGAUGAGAACUACAAGAAGAUAGAUGAAAUUCUGUUAUUUAACAAAUACAUGGGAAAAUUGUUUUGAUUACAUUGUAGAUAUUCAUUUAAACAACAAUAAUAGGCUUUGAGUUUUUUUUUUUUUUAAAAUAGAUUUUCUAACAAGAUUUUUGUUUUUAAAUUUGGUUUGUGGAUCCCCAUGUGGUCAGAUUCAGCAAGAGCAAAGUAAACUACCUGGGGAUGUAUGAACUUGAUUUAAGGAAUAAUUAUUAUAAAGUACAUUUGAAUAGCCAAUGUCUAAAAAGUAUACUUUACUUACAAAAUAUUUCAAAGGCUCCUUAAAAAAACCCACUUUAAUUAUUAAAUUAAUUUGUCUCUUACUAGCCAAAUGAACUUGGAGUUGGUGUUGUUGGUGUAGCACAAGUAGAUUUCUUACAACCUAUUCACAAUAAGCAGGAUUUCAACAAAGAUGAAAAGUUCAAGUAUGUAGCACUAUUUUGUUUUAUUUAUUAAAAGCUACAUCGAGAGGGCGUGAUAAAAGUUUGAUGCAAGAGAAAACUCUUCACGAACUAAGUGUAAUUAUUAAAAAUACAAUUGGUUGUCGUAUUAAGUGUGACUCUGUGUGACCAUUCAACAUUUUGACCCAGUCAUCUUGUGUCUGAAAUAUGCAAAGAUUGAUGUAACUCAUUUGUUUUAUGUAUGAAAAUGCUAUAGUGAAUUGAGGCAUGUAGGAUCUUUAAACAUAUUAUUUCUGGUGAAACCCACCCUCCCUAUAACAUUUAACCUGUCUCUUUAUUUUCUCUCUAGUUUAACAUUAUUACCAAAGAUCUCUCUUUCAGAUGUUAAAACAUUAAAAUACCACUGGUGGUCAUAGUAUGAAUUGAUAGGUUGUUGAAGAAUUGUUAUCUUUAUCCUCUUAAGAUAAAUGAACUGAUGUUUUAAAAUAUGUUAAAGAUUUAUUGAGGUUCUUCCUAAAUAUUUGUCGUUAAGUUUAAGCACUUAAGAGGAGUCAAUGGUAACAUUUUGUUAUAUUUAUUUUCCUACUGAUAUUUUUGUAUUUUUUUCAGCUCUGUUAUGGCAGCAUUUGCAAAUAAACUUAAUGAUUAUUGGAAUGAGAAGAAAACACAACAAGGUCCUUCACAAAUCCAGGCUUCUUUUCGGUGAGAAAUUAAUUUUUAAGUAGCAAAUUUUAAUGAGAAAUAAAUAUACAUAAAUAACAUUACUGCUUUUUUUAAGAAAAAUGUUUACGGUAUUACUUUUAAAAAAAAUUAUACAGAUUUUCUUGAAAUUGAAAUUAAUAUUUUCUUUCUUUUAACAUCUUUUAAAAUGUACUCUUCCUUAAUAUUUUUAAAAUGAACAUUUUUUUUUUAUUGUCAUAAUUUAAAUUUUUUUUUAUUGAAAGUAUAAUAUAUAUAUUGCAAAAUAAUUUUUUAUAAUACAGAAUCUUAUAAUAUAAUUCCCUGAGUGGAUGUUGUCCGCCCGGAUUGCGCAUUGUGAUGCACUCCCAUUUGCUGAUUCACCUGUCAUACACAACCAAAAGAACAUAUAUAGACACAUAUACAACUAAACAGAUAUAUGGAGCGCAAUCUGAAUUUAUUAUUGUAGAUUAUACACCUCUUCCAAUAUUUCACAGCACCACUUAAGAGUAUAAUUUUUAAUAAUAUAGAUUAAUUAAUAAUAAUUAAAACCUUUUUGAUAAAAUAGAUCGAAGUAAAGUACAUAAAAAGAAUGUAAAGCCAAUCUUUUGCUGCAGAAACUAAUUGGGAAUAUGAAAUAACUCUCACCUGACAACUUCAAGACUCUCUAGUACCUCCCAUUUCAAAGUUAAUAAAUGUGAAACAAAAAAUUCUUAGCACACUUCCUGACUGGUUAUGGGCACAGUGUGAUAUGUGUCUUAAAUGGCGACGUCUACCUGAUGGUGUAGAUGGAAAUAGCUUACCGGAACAGUGGUUUUGUCGAAUGAAUUCCGACGCUACACACAAGUAAGUAAAGUUAUAUUAUUUUAAAUUAAAGAAAAUUUUCUGUUAUUUGAAUUUAGUUUCCAGGUUCAAUAAAUUAAUUGAUAAAUUUUUUUUUAUAUUUGAAAACUAAAAAAUUGAAAUAUUUUUACAUAUUUUAUUCUAAAAUAAAUACAUUUAAAUAGAAAUGAUCAUUAAAUUGAGAGACACUACAUACAAUUUAGUGUCAAAAUUUGAAUUUUUUAAAAACAUUUGGAUAAUAUGGAGUAUAUGUUUUAGCCGCUGUGACAUCCCAGAAGAGCCUGAAGAUGAAGACCUUGCAGUUAGACCAACCUAUGAAAAGACAUUUAAGAAAAGAAUGUAAGUAGAAAAGAAAGUACAAACUGAUAAUUUUCUUGUCGUAGGUAUUGAUUUAUCUGAAAGUCAGUGGAUGAGUUACUUAUUUUAACACUUUUUAACGCAUAGAGUAAAAAUCCCCUUAUAUUCACAUGAUUUUUUCCGCGGAUACAGUGAAAUAUAAGAUUAUGAAUUGGUAAACUCAAUAACUUUGUCAUGAUAUUUGAUAUUAAUUUUACCUCAUAAAUUUAAAUACAGGAACUGUAUAAAUACAGUUAGCUAACAUUAAUAACUGACGAAUUACCUGUCAUUACAUAUAAUUUGCUAUUACAAUUACCAUUAAUUGGUGUAAAAUAAACUCACAAGUGGAUGGAAAUCUGUGAACUGAACCAGCUAUUUCAUUAAAAAAUUGUGAUUUAACCAUCUGGGAAAAAUACAAACAUGUUGAAAUGCAUUCUCAGCAAAAGGGAGAUUAUUCAUGAAAUUUUCUUGUUGCUGUGGAUAUAAAUGUUGAAAUUGGUCAUCCCUUAUGUAUUUAAAGCAGACCUGUUUACCCUCAAACUCUUAAAAUCGUACAAUAUAUUCACAAAAUCUUUCAAUUCAUUAUCUUAUAGUAAAAUAAACAUACAGUAUAUAUAAUGUAUACACCUCAAAAUCGUACAUUGUACGCCAAAAUCGUAAGAGUAAACAGGUCUGAUAAAGUGGUAAUUGAAUUUCAAUGCAUCUUAUCAAAGUAUUCAAAUUUGAUUGUGUGUGUGAUAAAUUUUCCUCAAGCUGAUAUGUUUUUCAAGUGCAUUGUUAAAUUAUUGUUUCAUUUGAGUCAAGUAAAAUAGUCAAAUAAAGUUCUUCAACUAGCACUAAUAGUUUUAUUUCUUGAAAUAACUAAAAAAAAAUUUUUGCUUAUUGUAUUUAUUUGUGUGUAUAGGGAAGAAAGAAAGCGACAAAGGCAAUUUGAAAUGGAGAAAGAAGAUGAAAUGAAGGUUUGACUUUUUCUUUAAAUCUUCUCAGCAGCCUAUAUAACCUUAAAUUGUCAAAACAAUUAUUAUAUAUUUACCAAAUAUACUAAAUGAAGAAACUGUUUCAUAGAUUUUGCACAUGAAAAAGCUGUUUCAUUAUUGUAUUUCUAGAUUUUCAGUUUACAAAAAUAACUUUUAAGCCCAUUCAUGACUUGGCAUUAUUUUUUCAGAAAAGAAAGAUGAUUGAAAAAGAAAGAGAACUUCAAGAGAAAGAAGCAGCACUCAGGGCUAUUCAACAUGUUGCCUCAAAUCCAGUAAGUAAAGCUGUAAAGUAAAGUUUAGAAAAUAAUCAUUUUGAAAUUUCUCUAAAACUAAUCUUUUCAAUUUCAGUUACAAGUGUUGGUUUUUUGUUUUUUUUUGUUGUUCAAAUCAUUAACCAUUUGAAUUCAUUAAGUUUCUUGUUCAAGAAGUAUUAUUAAUCACCAUUAAAGAAAGUCUUGAAAAGAGCUUCUUUUUCAAAAUGAGGUGGGGGGGGCAUGUCAAUGGAUAACCAAAAAUGUUAUUUCUUUUUUGUUGUUCAGGGAUCUCUUUUAUUGAUAUUCCACAAGCAUAUCAAGGAUUAUUUAGAAAUAACAUUGAAAAACAUAUUUCAAGAAAAAAGCUUAAGUUUGGUCAUUAUCUCUACCUAACUUCUAAUAAAAUUGACAUUAAGAUUUUAAAGUGAAAUUGCUAUGCAGUUUGUAGAUUAUUCAUUAUUUGAUAAAUUUAACAUCAUUUUGAACAUUUUAUAAGUUGUAACUCUAAUAUCAUAUCUCCUUCUCCUACGUCUGGCAAAUCUGGUCUGAGCUCAAGCUCUUUGUGGCUCUUCUUUCAAGCAUCACUAACUCUAGAUAUCUUUAUCAUAAUUUUAAUAAAAACACCUUCCAUCAUUUCAUCCAUUUACAUCUCUGCUAUGAUCUAUCUACCAAAAGAAAGAAAAAUGGCAUUGGACUAAUUUGUUAAAAUUACUUAAGAGCUGUUAAAUCAAAAUACACAAACUGAAUGUUUUAAGUUAUUAUAAAAUAUUACAGAAAAGGAAUAAUUGCAUGUUCAACUACAGCAUCUACAGACUUGUAAAUAAAAGCAUGUAAAUUUUAUGACAUCUUAACGUAUAUAAAAAAAACCCAGAUGUCAUAUCAUGAUCCUUGCUAUGAAACACAAAUGUUUAUAAGGUACUUUCACACUACGGAUUUGUUGCAGCCACAAAGCUCAGUCGUGAAUCGAUGUUGAGAAUCUAUGACAAAGAUAUACUAUGUAGAUCUUCACACUGGGCAGGCCCAACUGUAGCAUCUGAUGCAGAACUUUUGUUUCUAUUUAUCUAUUUUAAAUUUAUGAGAUAGCGCAACAGUCAGCAACCUGUGAUUGCCUGAGUCUCUUUGCAUUAAUGACUUUGUCUCUUUUUCUUUUAAAUAUGAUUUAACCACCCAUGCUACAAAGGAAAAUUAAAAUGUAAAAUUUUUUAAGUAACAUCUUUGAUUAAUUCUGUCUUUUAAAACAAAACAAUGUGCCUGUAAAAAAAAUUUUCUUGUCUUGCUCACUCCAAUAAAGUCAAACUUAAAAUUUGUUUCCGAAAUUUUAAUCUUUGAAGUUCAAAAAUAUGGCUACCAUGGAAUACAAUUUAAAAAAAAAAAGUCUGGUUAUAUUAAAUUCAUAAUGUUUUUUUAUGACACUCCAUUUUCUACUGUAACCUGUCUGCUAAUGAUAAUGCGUGGCAUUGAAAAAAAAAUAUUGUGAUUGUUUCUGUAUGUUGCUAGCAACCCUAAAAAAACCUGUGAUGAUAAAACGGGGGCGCCUUUUUGUUGCAGCAAGUAGCACGUGGUCAAAGAAAGUUGAGAAUACUAGUAACAAAUCCACAGUGUGAAUGUACCUUUACACCAACAAGUAUAUACUCUUAGUUUAAUGUUAAGACAAAAAAACCCACAAAAUUCAAGAAAACAUCAAGAUAGAUGAUCUUAAAUAAUUUUAAAAGUAAAUGGAGAAUGUUAUUAUUCUGGAAAAGUCAAUUUUUGCCAUUUAAAUAAACCAACAGAAGAGAGUGUCUGUGACAGGACAACACCAGUUUCAUAAACCUAGACUGGUGAGAAACGGUUUUCAUUGUUCAUAGUAGUCUUAUUGUCUAUCUUUGAAUCUUAGACGUGUAUUUUGUGAUUUGCAAUUAGUCUAGUGCUUCUAAUACAUUAUAUUAACUUAUGCUUCCAGAUUUUAUGCAUGGUGUUUAUUUCGUCUCUUCUUUUAACGACAUAAAUAUAAUUAAUCAGUAAAGUCUUAAUGACGUGGGAAUUUAUUUGGACUAUAACGGCAAAUGCAAAGAAUUGAAGAAAUAAAUCUUUUAAUAAUAUGAGAUGCUAAAUGAAAAAAUUCUGCAGUAGUCUUAAAGGCUUGAGAGGAAAUAUUGAGUUUUGCACAUGAUACAUUUAAAAAUGGGAAAAAAACUAAAUAAAAACUGGGUUUUUGAAGAAUAUUUCUUUUUCAAACUAGAAUUACCGUAUUUUCCGGCGUAUAAGACGACCCCCUACUUUUUCUUUUAAAAUCUAGGGUUUGGCUGUACACCAGCUCAUAAGACGACACCCAGCGUAUAAGACGACCCCCGACUUUUGAAAAGAUUUUUAUGGGUUAAAAAGUUGUCUUACACGCCGGAAAAUACGAUAUAGUUUGCAUGGAUUACGGUGUAUUAAUUAAUAUUAUUUCAAGUCUGUAAUGAAAAAGUGAAAUAAUCUAAAUAAAUCUGUAAUACUAUCCAUUACUGUUUGCAUGUCAGUCUUUAAAAAAAAAAGUUUUACAAGACCUAAAUAAAUUCCAUAUUUAUCUUUUCUUCUUUCCAUCAAUGACUUUAAAAAUACUUAUUGACAUGUUUAAAAUAAAAUGUCACUCAUUACUUAAACAUGAUUGCAACUGGUGCUGGAGCUCCAAAAUUGAAAUGUUAAUAACUCUAUGUUAUGCUUAAAUUUAGCUAACACUUUUGACAAAAGUGAUUAAAUCAUUUGGAUUUUAAAGUGUUUUUUAACAUUUUAUGAUGCAUGAACUCAUAGAAUUGAUUGUUGUAAUGUUUCAGGUUUUAAGAAAUUCUUUUAUGCCAUACAGAAAGUCUGAUAAGAUUAUUCUUCUGAAACCUACAGAACCAUUUCAGAAAGUAGUGUAAUUACAAUUAAAACUAUUCUGUAAUUGCUUGUUUUGUUAAUUUGUCUAAUUUCAUUUGAAUUUUUUUUUAGUCAUAAACCUUUCAUAUUCUCUUGAAUAUUUUGGAUGUUGGUUUAAUUCUUCUUUACAAUAUUUGUUCAUAUUUUAAGUAGAUGUUGAAAUUUUUGAAGGCUCUAAAAAAUAAUCUUACAAAUAACUAAAUUAAGAACUAAUCAUUUAGUUUGGAAAAAAAUUUUGUAUAUUUUUAUUGCUAAAAUUAAUAUUUAGCUGCAACUAUUGAAAUGACUGCUCAUUUAAACUGGGAAAUACACUCAUAGAUUGUAAUAAUUUUUAAAUAUAGAAUUAUCUUUUAGUUGAAGCUUAUUCAUCAAGAUACACAGUUUGAAGUGAAUUUGCUUUACAUAGGUACAGGACAGUCAAGCUUUGACAUCUCUACAAAAAGAGUUAGCAGCUGCAAGGCAGCGUGAAGAGCAACAAAGACGAGUUAUACAGCAAAUGGAAGAGCAGAGAAAAUUAUGGUUGCAGAUGGCUGAAAGUCUACAGAACAGUAAAGGAAAAAAACCAAAGGUAAGCAAAAGCCAUACAAAAUUGUAAUGAUCAUUUUAUAAAGUCUCUUCAGCAGAGUGAUUAUAAACAGUAAGAAGUAUUUUUGAUUAACAUCAGGAAUCUGUCAUUUUCAUGCUUUUUUUUUUUUUUUUAAAUAGAAAUAUCUAAAUUAUUUUAGAAAAUUAUUUUAGAAAAUUAUAUUUAUUGAAUAUUUGGCUUUUGAUUUUCAAGGAAGUUAUAGAACAGAUGUCCCAAAUCAUUGGUACCAUCAGCCCCUAUUCAUCAUUAGGGUAAGUGCUUUUUCUUUUAUUGGGAAGUUCAAUUAUUGUACUAAGUAUUUAUUGUUUCUUUUCUUCUCCUUCUAUAUUUUACGGUUUACAAUCAAUGUAUUGAUCAUUCUGGCUCCCAUGUUUGUAGAGGGGUUUGCGAUGUAAAUGUUCAUAGUUUUGAAGAGGAUAUAUUACUGGUUGCAAGGGCUACUCAGUGAUGGUAUUAGGAACUGGAAGUUGGAAGGAAGGAGAAAAUAGACGCAACCGUGUCAAGUGUUGUCUCCUCAACUGUUCCUUUUAGAAGCUUGUUCCAGUCCCUGAUUGUUUUUGGCAGGAAUGAGCAGUUUCUGUACUGUGCUCUUUCUGUUAUGAGCCGGAACUGACUGUCGUUGCCUCAUCGCUGUCUAAGGGGGAGGGGGGCGAGUUUCUGUUUAAUGCUGGAGCAGUGGACCAGCCCAUUAUUUAUCUUGUAAAUGAUCGUUGUCGUUUCUCCAAUGGUGACCAGCCCAAUUAUUCAAUUUUAAUACUAGAAAUGUCACAAAUGAGGUCUUUUAUAAUAUAUUUAUUUUUACCCUUGCCAUAUACAUUUCUUUUAGGUAUACAGUGGUACCUUGUCACGGGGAGGGGGGGGGGGGUAGACCCCCAACCCCCCCCCCCCCCCCCCCCCCGUGAUAGGUGGAAAUCCAUGAAGUAGCGACCAUAUAUUUAGUUUGUUAUUUAAAUAUAUUUUAAGGUAUGAGAAACCCUCCCCACAGUCUUAUAAACUUUUCCCACACUGUUAUUAACUUGGCGUUUGGGUUCGAUGCCAGAAGCUUAGAAGGAGCAGAACACUUGGGCGACAUGGUAGGACUUAAAAUAAAUUCACAAACACAUAACACUGCAGAGCAACACUAGGUACGGUGGUCAGAAGUCAUGAAAUGGACAAAGCGAGAUGCUGAAUGAGUACCAUAUACGUGGGAGAUGAAGGAGCCAUGCGAUGGUCAUUGAGCCAAUCCUCCCAGGAUAUAGAACAAAGUGCUCUGGUUGGUCUCCUCCCAUAUAUCAGCCAAUUGUGUACUGUAGCUGUGUUUUCCAUACAUACUAGCAUUUGUUUACUUCCGCUGCAUAUUUUAUUUCAAUUUAAUAGUCUUUUAAUAUGUUUUAAGCAUUAUUUAAAAUUGUUUAUUUUUUGGGCUGUAAAUGCUUAUUUUACCUCAAAAAUAAUUUAAAUAAUAUAUUUAUAAAAAAAGUACCUAUAUACUGCAAAAUCACAUUAUAUAGUGCAAAAUGAUCAAAACAAAAUAAGUUAGAUAUUUAUAAGUAAAAUAUUUAAGAAAAGUGAACCUGCGAUUAGAGGGUGGAUCACUUAAUACAUUAAAAAUUGUUGUAUUCAAAAGGGAACAAUACCAUAUUCCUUUUACCCUAAAUUUAAAAUGAAUUUUUUUACAAUACAACUGAUGAUUAAUGUUUCUUAAAAAAAAAAUAUUUGGCUAAAACUAUUGGAUCCUUUAACCCUAAAUUUAACAUGAAUUUUUUUACACUACAACUGAUGAUUAAUGUUUAUUUAAAAAAAAAAAUAUUUGGGACAGGCUAAAACAAUUAACAUUUGUUAACUUUUCAAGUUUUCAUUAUCCUACAGUUUACCAACAAAGAGAAAACAAGCUGAGACUGCAGCUAACAACAAAGGGGCUAAACAGAUGUGCAUUAAAACGGAGACGGGAGAAGUUCUGUCAAUAACUCAGAAUGAUAUCAACAGUCAAGAUGAUGAAGAUAAUGAGGUGGACGAGGCCCCCAGAUUCCCCAGAGCCAAUAAACUUCCAUCUACUACAAACAAACCACAGGAGAAAGAAAAGCCACAUCUUUCCACAAGUCCUAAAAAGGUUGCAUCGAAAACAAAUACCUCAAAUGAAAUUGAUCGGGCCAAUGUAGAAAUUCCAGCAACUGCAGAAACCUGCAGGUCUCGCAAAAAGUCAGUUAACAAAGAAAACGUGGUGGCCGUCAUUGAUUUGACAGGGGAUCGUGAAUUUGGAGAACUUGUGGAUAUAAAGCCUGACCUAGACGAACUUCGUACAACAUUACAGGAAAACUUGAGACCAGACAUAAAGCCUGAUAAGGAUAAACUUGAUGAACAACUCUCUGGCAAAGGUAGUGUACAAAAAUAUAAACAUUAAAAAAGUAUUUCACAAAUGUCUGUAGUGUAUCAUAUACCCUAUAUGUCAUAUAAUACAGUCACCAUACCUAUGGCAUUUAGCCCUGGGAUCUGUGAUCAUUUGCCCACACCGUUCCAGACAAUAGCUCCCAAGUUAAUUUGACUUUGCAGACAGUAACAAAUGGAAUUCUAGGUUUUAACACCAAAACAACAAACUUAAAACAACAGUUUAGGAUUGCAACUAUCUAUAGACCUUUAACUGACCCGAAACGAACAUGUGGAAACGUUUACUCCCAAAGUAAAAGAAAAUGUUUGUACAACAGUUAUUGCAUUUUAAGAAGAUGUUGUCCAUAAUGUUAAUUUUACAAAUGCUUAACUAAUAAAUUAUGAAUUUCUUGCAGACUAGAAGACUUAUUAUAUUUAUAAACUAAUAUUGAUAGACAUUUUUUGUUGUUGAUUUGUAAAUUAAAUUCAUUACAAUUAUUUCUAUAACGACUUUACUCUAUGACUUUUUUAAGAAUACCUUUUUAAAAACUCCUUUCAUUUCAAUAACAAGGUGCAGAGACUAACAAAGACCCAACUGCCAAAAUUAUUGACGAGGCUAAAGAGGAAGUUGAAGAGCAUCAAACGGUGGCACCAAAUCUGACAGAACUCGGAUGUCCCGAUGGGUUGAAUGUGGUGAGUUCGGAAAAAGAUGAUAGUGUUCAUUCUGGACGAAUGGAUGAGGAGCCCGAGUUUCCCACAGUGAUACCAGACAGCUUCAAUGAUACUCUUGAGGCUGCCAUCGCUGCAAUCCAGGAGAGAAUGGAAAAAGAGAAAUGCUUUCCCCCCACUACAUCUUCAACUGAAGAUACAUCAGCUCAGUCGAGCCCCCAGGAACAUAAAAAAGAGUUGAAAGAAAUCACCACUACUAGCAGCAAGAAAAGGUCUGACUCAGAAAGUUCAUUGGAGAGCCUAACUGGUAUGAUUUUUAAUAGCAAAAAUGAUGCUGACAAAAAUGAGUUGAUGAGAAAUGCAGACAGUAAUUAUUCUGAAAAAGAAGUCCUAAAAACUGAUCUUGAUAUAGCGGACACAUCAAUCCCUGCAAGAGAUCCUGAGGAGGGUGAGGAAGACAACUACGGUGAUGAAGGCAGCUAUGAUGCAUAUGAUGACGAUAGUGACUACAGAGAUGACAGGGGGGAGAAAGGAGACGUAAUAGGGGAGAAGAAAGAGUGCAAAGAUAUUUCCAGUCGGAGUAACAGUACAGCCGACGAUGAUGACAGUCACAGAGGGAACGGAAAUGUUGUUUCAGACAUGGACAACUCUUGUAUGGUGAAAGCAAGAGGCAGCGUCUCAUCCCUUCAGACUUUGAAUUCUCGGCAGGAAAUGAAGGAGAAGCUGACAACCGUGAAAGACUUGUUUCAGGGGAAUGAUCUCACCUUAAAUGAGAUGAUUGCUGCAUGUGAAAAGAGACAUGAUAUGAACACUGAUUCCCACAAAGAUAGUGUUCAUGUCACUGACGGUUUUGAAGACAAACCCUCUGAUAGUGCUACCAAUGAGGAGCCAGUCCCAGCAACACUUGGGCAAACUGUGAAAUUUAAUGACAAAAAUACAAAUGUUUCAGAAUUUUCUGUCUCUAGUCCCUUAAAUGAGGCAGUUGAAGAUGAUGGUGUAUGCACUGAUCAUUUAUCCAAUGAGCAAAAUCAAGCACUAGAGAUGUCGGUCUGCACUCUAACAAAUGCACUGGAAGACCUUGAUGAGAGUGAUUUAGCUGAUUGUGGUGUAGGCUCUUCUGUUGCGCCAGAGACUUUAUUACCAGAUCCAGCUGGUCUUUCUGAUGACCUCAUUUCAGCUAAUGAAAAUUGUGAUGUACAUUUCUUGGUGGACGCAUCACCCGUGGGUGAAAUGCUUGCUCCUAAUUCAAACUGUCUAAUGUCACAAAAGUUGACACGAGUAAACAAAGUAAACUGUAUAGAUGUGAAGGAGGACACUCAAAGAAUGAACCCUGCUACUGACUUGCACACUACCAAUAAAGAGUCAUAUUCAGGUUUCAGUGAACAAAAAUCACCAGAAAUUCCAGCUCAGGAUUCCUGUCUUCCUGCUUCACCAUCCAAAAAUUUCAGCUCACCCUUGAGUGAGGAUUCCAAUGGCGACAGCAGAGACAGUGUAAGUCCUAAAGGCAUUACCAACGCCCAAGAGAAUUAUUUAGUUGAAGAUGUGGAGUUGGGUGAAAGUGACGACAACUCUAAUCUAGCAUUGGCAGCAGCAGGUGCCAGGGAAGCAAUCCAAGCUAGUGAGUCUGCCAAUGUACAGCUAUGUGGUGUUAGUGUAAAUUCUUCUGGAACAGAUAUUACUAACCUUAAUAAUUACCUACAUAGUUGUGACAAAGUUUUAAAUAGUCCUGUUGAUACAGGGAACUUUUUUGAAAAAGAAACUCAGACACCAAUGACAAUUUUUUCUGAAGCUGAGAUUCAGACCGACACAUCUAAUGACAGUGAUCUUCACACAAAGCUCAAAACAAAUGAACGAUUGCUAGAAGAAACGAAAGAAAGGCUGACAAGGUUCCACCAGGAUGUCCACAGAUUGCUUCAGUACAUCGUGUCUGAUACUGACCUCGGUGACGUGAACAAUAUUGAACAAAUGGUUAAACAGAUGCUAGAAGUAAAUGAAGAAUCAUUUUAACCGCUGAUUUCUGUAACUCUGAUCAAGGCUCUUAACGUGUAGCAUUGAGAAUUGUGUCCGGCUAUGAGCGAUAGAUGCAUUUCUGCUGGUCAUAGAGCUUCAUUCCUGUAAUAUUCAAA